UUGUUUUUUAUGGAGUAAAAAUCAAUCUAACGAUCUGAAGAGGCUACGAAACCAUGGACUAGCGUAGCGUUCAGUAGCAUGCCGUGUAGUAGCAGAUACAUCGACGUACUAAAUCCAUAUGGGUGACUGGAGCCGAAUAGAGGGGAUGACAAUAGGUCCCCGGUCGUGAAUAUGCAGCAUCAAUAAACCGGAGCAACGUAAACUAACAUGUAUUGUAAUUCCGUUCGCUUGAAUGAAGAUCAACCAAUGGGAAGCGCGUUUCUGUAGAUACUAGACGCAGCUAUGAAUUUAAAUGUAGCGACGAUUGUAUUUACAAGCAGUGGCUGUUUUAAAUGUUAGUUCAUUCUUCCAUGGAAUACAGAUGUUGUUCAUUAACAGAUUAUAAUAAAUGAAUGUUGCUAUAUUAAUUUGACACUUUUAUCAAAAUAUGCAAAAUCAUGUAGAUGAGGCGAUCAACAUGAACUUGAACGAGAGUUGGUCGAUGAACCCUGGGACCACAGCGUCUUCCCUGUCACCCGUAAAUAAUCUAUCACCCAGACGUGAACGUAGAAGAAAGAUAUCCAUGAAGCAUAUGAAUUUGGGCCUAUCCCCACGGCGGAGACCAUCACGCCGAACGGGGAAAGGAAGUCACGUGAUGGACGAUCUGAACCGGCUUCGGCUUGACGGACAUUACUGUGACGUCACUCUUAUUGUAGACAAUAAACGACACCUUGCUCACAAAAAUAUCUUAGCGGCAAGUAGCCCAUACUUCCAGGAGUUAUUUGUCACCGACGGGAAUAAAUCGGCGUCCGAGUUUAUGCUUACUGGUAUUAGUAGCCAUUCACUAGCCGUAGUGCUUGGUGUGGUGUAUACAUCCAGUGUGGACGAAGCCGACGUGAGUGAUCUUGAUAGCUUGAGUGAAACGCUUCGAACUGCGUAUACGCUACGCAUAGACUUGGUGAAUGAAGUCUGCGGAAAGUUCAUGCUGUCGCGUUUGAAAUGUAAAAACUGUAUUGAUUACUUCAAAUUGACUAAAGACUAUCAUAUCGAUGAGGCUAGAAGAGAGAUUGUUGAGUUCAUUACGAAGAACUUCGGUGAAGUCAUCGAAAAAAAACUCCAUUUACCACUGUCUUGUCACCAGAUUAUUUACUUCCUGAGUCGAGAUGAUAUUCUGGCAAAGUCAGAAAUCUCAAUAUUUGAAGCAGUCAUGGAAUGGUUGAAAGAUGACUGGCAGGACAGAAAAGAUUACGCUCCUUUAAUCAUGACUCACAUUCGAUUCCCGUUGAUUCACCCGAAUGAUAUCGUCAAUAAAGUCCAGACCGAGGAAAUAGUUAUGGAUAUUCCCGAAUGUCGGAUUUUAAUCACAGAGGCGAUGUCAUACCAUUUGUUACCGCACCAUCAGCAUUCCUUUCAAACUCUGACACGUGCCACGAACGACGUCCUAAUUGUGCUAGGUGGUGAGGACAUGCAAGGUUUAACCAGUGAGCAGACCUACGUUUGUGAUAUCGAAACACACGCAUGGAAACCAUUUACUGAUAUGCCGAUUCGAAGACUAGAUCUAGCUGUAGCCAUCAUGGACAAUUUCUUGUACGUUGCAGGUGGUCAGUUCUCUGGUGACUCGUUAGGCAUCGACAGCAUCGGCACAGUCCAUCAGUACAAUCCACGGUUUGAUACGUGGCGACAACUCUGCCCUAUGAAAAAACGACGAUCACAUUUUAGUCUUGACGGCAUAGACACAUAUCUCUACGCGGUUGGCGGAAAGAAUACUCAAGGUGGGUUAGCAAGCGUUGAGCGGUACGACAGCGCCACUGACUCGUGGGAUUACGUCGCACCAUUGACCCUCCAUACAUUCGGUCACGGUAGUGCCGUUGUAGGAGAUAAUCUUUAUAUGAGUGGUGGUGUCGUUGACGGUGGCCACUUUAGUAACGCGCUACAGUGUUACGACCCAAAACGUGAUAAAUGGACGUUCAAAAAACCGAUGUCCACAAAGCGAGCAUUCCACGUUAUGUGUUCUGUCGGAAAGAAAAUUUACGUCAUUGGUGGAAACACGCGUAAUAAUGAAAAUCGUAGAAUAGAUUGUCGCUCCGUAGAAUGCUACGACACGACAACAGAACAGUGGUCUAAAUUGUCACCUAUUACACACGGAGUUAGUUUGGCUGGGAUCGGUGUCCAUGGUAAAUGCAUAUACGUUAUCGGUGGAUACACCGGUAAGUUCUCUGACAGACAUUCAGAAGUGCAAAUGUACGAUGUAGAGGGCGACAAAUGGACCGUAAUUAGUAAUAUGCCGGAGGGCGUCAUCAGACAUCGUUGCUGUUUACUUGCUGUACCACAAUCACGCUUGUUAUGAUGAUUGAUGCUUUUAAAGUUAGACGUUCACGGCGUUGCUUCCGAUUUGUUCGACGACGUGACACUAGAACGGAUUCACUAAUGCGUGACCGCCACAGUCUCGGGGCAACGUAGAUUCGGCCAAAUUGCUCUCCAGAAUCCACGCGACGAUCGUAACCUUCGACGCCAUUACGUUCUACUGAUAAGAGUGUGCCGACAUAUUUAUACAGACUGUAUCAUAACCAUGGAGAUAUUUAUUUUCACAACCAAUCGCAUAAUAGAUUCGGGAUGUCGACGUGUUGUCGUCUGUCAAUAAUGUCACGUGACUUCCAUCUAAAUACGGUACAUAUAAUGUUCUGAAAGUGAAAAACAAAAUUAUAGAAGGUUGAUGUGAGAAGCAGAAAUCAAUGAACAUUAAAAAAGUAAAGAAAUAUUUACCAACAUCUUUAACAUCUCAUGUAAACGGUCAUGUAAAUGCUAAAUGAAAUAGGCACCUGACUGUCUUCAACAAUUCUUUUUUAAAUCAACUAUUAAUAAGUCUAAUUUUGAUUGGAAGAAUAUAAAACACAGAUCAACCUGGUCAGUAAUUGAAUCGGCUGUUGGCAAAGUAUAAUGUCAAUCAAACAUGAAUAGGCCUACACAUGUUUUUAAUGCUACUAUACGGCCACGCAGUGGCGUCACGGGGUUCGUGAAGCCCUGGCGGUGACUGUUAUUGGUCCCUCAUACGCCAAGUUCGACAAAUCAUGCAGGCGUGAGACUUCUGUUCCAAAAACCACUUACCUGAGGUGGUGAAGGGGGUGAGCGGGGCAUUUCCCAAAAUUACCAGAAUUUAUCAACUAAAGAAUACAUGAGGCCAUAAAAAUUAAAUAUAAAAUGAUAUGAUAAUGCUGUAAAAUUAUGAAAGAGACAUUAGAAAAAAAUUAAUAUCUAAACAUCUUAAGUUGGAGCCAAGCUGUUUGUUAAAGAUCCAUGUUGUCAAUUUCUGGGCCCCUCGUAUAUGGGGGCCCUGGCGCUCCUCCCCCUCCCCCGUCAGUGCCCGAGCGUGACGCCACUGCGACCACGCUUCCCAAAUUAUUGGUCGCGACCCAAAAGUGGGUUGCUCGUGACCAAGUUGGGUCACGAGCAGGUUUGCAAAAACUAGAUUGUCAAUGUGCUAAUUUACACAGUGGCGUAGCUAGGGGUUGUGGCGCCCAGGGGCAAGUGUAGAAAAUUGCUCCCCUCCCCCCCCCCAUUAUAAUUAUAAUAUUGUAAAUAAAUUGAUAUUGGUUGUAUAGGCUUUAAGCAUAUCCGUACCGUACGUCCGUAUCAUAUGCAUUGUAAAAAUAAGCACUGUUCAAGCUCUCAUAUAGUAGGUUCUUUCUUACCAGGGGUGGCGUCAGUAUUUGCCCGACGGGUGAGGGGGAUGCCCCAACAAGGGGGAAGAUUUCCCUGAUGAGAGCUAAGUGGGCGUGGUUGUCGAGGGAAGCUAUCCCCGAAUUGGGUCUGUCUCCUCGGUUCUUACUACUGAAACUGCAUUACGAUGUUAGGAACUUUGUAUACAACUUGUUUUGUAUACAAUUUGUAAUAUGUAAUUUGUUGUGGAAUUUUUCUGAAUAAAUGUUUAUGACUUAUAGCAUACGGAUUUGAAGAAAAAUACAAAAACAGCGUCUGUGUCUCUGUGCAUUUUUGCAUACAUAUUUGCGUCACAGUUUUAUGUACUU